AUGUCAUUCGUUGAGCAACGCGAUCAACUGGUCUGCAAUGCGCGCGAUUGCUUCCAGAAAAUCGAGCGGGUUGCGUGGAUAACACGCUGCUCCCACGUAUUUUGUGCACAGCACGGUCAAGAUGCCAAGUUACGCCAAACGGAGUCUUCCGGUUGUCCAGCUUGUGGUACUCGAUUUCACGACGGCUUUGGCAUUGUGGAACGUACGCUGAGCGAUUCGGCACAUUCUCGAGCGCUCUUAUUGUGCGGCUACAGUCCAGACACCAUAAUGGAAAUCGCCAACAGUGCCAUCACGUUCUGGAACUUCCAGAAGCAUCAAGUUUGUGUUAACCUGGAACGAAAAGUUCAGUAUUAUAAGGAGACCAUCAGUAAAUUUAAACAAGACAUGGCACUGGCGAAAAGUGAUACCGAAUUGAAGAUUCAUCGAUUGGAGCAACAAUUGGAGAGCUGUCUGGCAAAGAACAAGGAAUUGACCGAAACUCCCGGUAGAGACACCCGUGGUGAACACCACAGAAAGGCAGAGCAGCAAGCGAGGAAGCGAAAGAUGGAUGAUUUUCUGCUUUAG